UGGACAUGCGCACCGCAACCUUUAGCGAGGACGAGAGGCCAUUUUAGCCAAAUAAGCAAUACUUUUGCUUGAAGUGCAUAGCUUCAUAGUACUGUUGACCUGUCUCGAGCCAAACUGCCAUGGAUGUUGAAGAAGCAGGAAUGUCAAACUCAGAUAUGGGAGAAGAAGUUAUGGUGAUGAUGACGGAUGAGGGUGUUCCUUUGACAAAUGAAGAGCAAGGUGGAGCUGAAUAUGAGGAAGUAGAGGGGAUUUCGGAGGGACAGCCACAAAAUAGUCUCACCCUGCAGGUCACUGAUGACCAAGAAAAUGCACUGGAUGCUUUCUUCCAGAUCAAUUCGUGGCCAAUUUUUAAAGAGAAUAAAGGUGAUUGUGGAGAUGGGAGCCAUUGGUUAACAUUGCAAUUGCAGCCUGACCAAGAGGCUGCUAUCGAGGCUUUCUUCCAGAUCAACAACUGGACCCUCAUCAAGGGAGUAUUGGAGAAUGAAUCACCCACUAAAAGCACGGACCAAGAAAUGUUACCAAACCAGGAACAUGAGGAGAAAGAGUCCGUUGUUGAGGAGGUGUCUGGUCUGAAGGAGAUCAAGGUAACGGCCCGAGACAACAAGGGUCACGCCCAGGUGAUCACGCUGUACUCCGAGGAUGGGACACCUACUAGCCAAGGCCUUCCACAGUCACUCAUUGACAGUCUCAACGCGGGGGGCGCAUCAGUCAAUGUGGAACACACUGGUGCUAAAGGCUCUCCACAGGUGAUAAUCCAGGAGAUAACACUACCCGAGGGAAUGAGCCUGGACCAGGGGCUCAUACUGGCCAACCAGAAUCCCACCGGCACCACCAUCCGUAGGGUCACACCCAGGGGAAGCAUUCGACCAGGGGAUAAAAUGUAUAAGUGCUCAGUUUGUGGGAAAACAUUUAAGCAAGCUCUCAGCUACAACGGCCACUAUCUGUCCCACUUUGGUGGUAAACCAUUCAAAUGUGAAACCUGUGAUAUGGGGUUCACACUAAAGGCUGCCUUGGUUGCACACCAAUCCAUUCACACAGGGGCCAAACCGUUUGUCUGUACCCUGUGUAACAAGGGCUUCAGACGUAAAGAUGACAUGGUAGCUCAUCUCCGUACACAUACAGGAGAGAAGCCCUAUGAGUGUGAGAUCUGUGGUAAGAAGUUCAAGUACCGAAACCAGAUCCCGAAACACCGUCGGGGCCACACAGGAGAGAAACCAUAUGAAUGUGUGGAGUGCAAGAAGCGCUUCACCUCGAGCAUCCACCUAACCAGACACAUACGCACACACACUGGCGAGAGACCCUACAAAUGUACAGUGUGUCCCAAAGCCUUCACCCAGUAUGGACAUUUACAAGCUCACUUGCGGAUCCACUCAGAUGAGCGACCGUUUGAAUGCGAAGUGUGUGGCCGCAAGUUCCGUGAAAAGAAAGUCAUGAAGAAGCACCUAACACUGCACACGGCUGAACGCAAAUUCAAAUGUCAGGUGUGUGGAAGGGGUUUCCUGCGGCAAAGUAACCUAGACUUACAUGCAGUUAUGCACCAGAAAGCACCUAAGGACGGGACAAGAAGGCCAAGACCUCGGCCUAAAAAACGUCAACCAGAUGCUGAGAUGAGAGAGUUUGUGACCAAUGUACUGUGUAAUGUUAGCAAAGUUGACUCCAGCAUUCAGACGGAGCCCAUGAAUACUAAGAUAAAGACAGAGACAUUAGAUCCCUCAGACAACUUGUCCGCCUUAGUAAACCUUGCUAUAGAGAAAAGUGGGGGGGUGCCAAGGGGAGGGGCCACUAUAGGUGACAUAUCAGACCUUCACGGUCUCUCCCCAGGGGAGCAGAUCACCCUUGUCAUGUCAGAGGACGGCAACUAUAUUAUUUCCAACCUGGACACGGGGGCGGUCGCUGAGGAAGUGGUCCAACAGCUGCCUGCCGACCACGCAGACCUAGUUAGCUCUGGUCAUGCACCAGGGCAGCAUACUGCGCAGUUCAUUGAGGUUGAUGCUGAAAUGGUCAUCAAGUCCCUGGGGAAAGCCUACGAGACGUCUGCUACAGAGACUGAAACUAGUUAACAUCAAUUGAUCUCAAUGAUAGUUCAAACACUCUGUAACAAAAUGUAUUUGGGUGUUAUAGUCUAUGUAAACAAAUGAACAGAUUCUUAGAAUGUUAAUUUAUUAGACUCUAACUACUUUACCACACUGAAAUCAAUAACUCGUGACAUAACUUAGAGUUGUAUUUUGAAAAAAAAAUUUUUUUUACAAUAUUUUUAGUUUAAUGCAUAAUGUACAUUUUCUGAUGUAGAAGUAAAUAUACUCGGUAGUGGAGUUUAGCCAGUUUAAUUUCCAGAUGUGUAAUAGUAUCAAAAGAUAAAAAUAUAAGCUUUUGUUAAAUCAACUAUACAUACCAGUAUGGCAAUUUGUUUUAUGAUGUAGAUUUUAGACACUUUGUAAAUCUUUAAAUUCGACUAUUUCUAUUGUGCGCAAGUAGUUCUUUAUACAAAUUUGAUAAAGUAAAUUAUAUUAAAUUAUCAGUGAUCUCUCUGAAAAUACCUAAUGAAUUUUGCAAGCUUGCUUACUUUUUGAUACAAUUAAUGUUGUCUGAUGAUAGUCAGCAGAAAACAUCAAUAAUUGAUAGGAUCUGCAUGCCGUACUCUUGAAUGAUUAAUGAUCACUCAGUUGGAGGCACUGAUCCCUUGCUUGCGCAUUGUCAUGUACAUUUCUUUCUUAUUCAUGGUUGGAUUUUAAAGUUAUUGGGCAGAAGUGAAUAGCACGAGUGUGUCGCACACAAAAUCUGUGUCCCUACCUUCAUGGCCUAGGUCACAUCAACCUGCUAAACUUAGUAAUUGAUCCCCCAUGCAGACAUGUUGCCCUUAAGACAGUUUCCCUACAUUCAAGUCAAGUCAAGGUCACAGCAACCUUCUGAACUUGGGAUGUUUUGCUAUAUAUUCCUUACUGAUAAUAGAUUGUGUCUGGUCCAUAUAUUUGAUAAUUAAUGAUUUAGUUUAGGUUUUUGCAUGUAUAAAAAUAAUCAUAGCAAAUCUAUCAUAUCCAAGCUAGUUAAGGUUUUGCAUGGAAGCAGACAUAGGGUUAAUAUAUCAGCAACUGUUUGAAGUAUUCCAUUGAGACUUUUAACAAUGGUACUCAACCAUUCCACCUACUUGAAUAACCAAGUUAGAUAACUCUAUUUUGCAUAUAUGCAAAUUAUAGCCCUUUAUUAUUUGACUUUAUAGAAAUUCUGGCUAAGAUUUUGCAUUUAACCACAUUUAAGUCAAUAGCUCAGCAAAUACAUCAUGUAUUGCCCAUUGUAUCACUAUCCAACACACUUGAUUAAUCAAGUGAGAUAACUAUCUUGCAUAUAAUGCAAAUUAUUGCCCUGUAUUAUUUGACUUAUUAUGGUUUUGAAAGUAAGGGCAUAUAAUUCAAUAACUCUGCAACUACUACAUGUAUUUCAUUGAAACUUUGUACAAUCAAGUAUGAUAACUAUCUGGAAUAUAAUGCAAAUUUUGCCGCUUUAUUUUUUAACUGGUUCAAGUUUUGCAUGUUAUUUAUUUUUACAGUGAUCCAUGCAUGUUUCACAAAAACUUUGCAGUCCUUGAACAUAAAAGUGACAGAACUAGUAAAGCACGCUGUCUCUGUGACAGCUCUUGCUUAAGUUUGAUGUGAUUUUUCAUAUACUAUGAUGAAUUUAUUAUGCAAAUUUUACUGUAUUUAUUGAUAAUUAUUAUGUUUUGUACAUUUCCUGCCUACAGUAAAUUUUAGGCAGUGUUAAACAUUCAUAUCAUCCUUGCUCAGUUUUGAAUUUUGGUUGAAGUAAAAAAUUAUGGAUUU